AUGGAUUUCGGUCACAAAAAUGAGACUGAAUUAGAAAAUAGUGAAAAUUAUGAAAUUCAAAGCACAGAAGAAACUGAAUUAAUCUAUACUUGUCCAGAUGGAAGAAGUGAAAAGAAUCAUGUUUGUUGUCUUCUCAGUGUCAGUGACGUUACACUUGAACAGGAUAAAAAAGCCAAAGAGUUUGUCAUUGGGACUGGAUGGGAAGAAGCGGUCCGAGGCUGGGGACAGAUUUCUCCAACUGCCUGCAUCUGGCCCAGGAAGAAGCUUAAGAAGGCGAGGGUGGGAGAAAGUGCCAGCAGCUGCUUACUCUGUGUCAAUCUCCCCCAUGGGAGCCUGGAGGCCAGGCUUCAGUUGGAGGCGGGGAAGUUGGAGUCUGGGGCUUCAGCUCCAGCUCCGGCCGAGGCAGGCCUGGAGAAGGAUGGAGGCAGCCUCUCCCAGACCCCGGACACCCCCCCAGGCCCCACUAUGGCCUCUAGGGAAGUUAAUAAGAUCUGCUUUCCCACCUACAGUCAGGGAGAGAAGAAAAGUCUGCAAAUAAAAGAGUUCAUUUGGUGCUUGGAAGACUGGGCCACCCCAGAGACUGUUAGGGGCAAGGACCCCAGAAGGCCCUGGAGAGGCACUGACAGAAUUCUCGCUGCCUCAGACUCCCUGACUUCCAAAGCCCUUUUAGUCCUCCCUCCCUUGAAAUCUUCGCCUGCAAAUGGCUUGGAUAUUCUGGGUAGGAAGACUAAGAACUUUUUCUUGCGGCCAGAAGAGAAGGGGCUAAGUGUGGAAAAGGAUGAGUGUGUGGCUUAUGCCUCUGGAGUGAAAGCAGUUGACCGGGCAGGUGAAAAGCAACCCACUGAGCUGGCCAGGCCCCACAAAGUCAAGGAGACGCAGCCUUUCCUCAGCCUGGCGGCCCAGACGCCCCUGCUGGCUGAGCCUGAGCCCUGCUGCCUGCGCUGGUCCCUCCUGCCUGAGAAAAACCUGGUGUGCCCUCCCUGCUAUCUUGCCACCUUCCAGCUUUUGCAGAAACAAGGAGCGAGGAACUGCAAAACCAGACUCAAAGCCAGGGAGCCCAGACCUCCCACGAAAACCCCAAAGCGCGUCCUCACAGAGACCAAGCAGGAAAACAGGCCCCAAAUGUUGGAGACUAAAGUGUUCUCAAGACCUCUCUUGCCGUCUCUCACAGUGAGCAGAGUUGUUAUUCCCAUUUCCACUCACAGACUCCUUUGA